AUGUUUAAUGUGGUGCAAGGACUGGAGAGCGCGGUCGGGAGGCCGCCACUUCCCCCGAACAGCAACUCGCUUGGGGCUGCGACGGCGACCGCGGUUGGGAGCGAGGGCGGGGAGACGGCAGGAUCACAGGGAGCUGCCCGCUGGCCUAAGACGCGUCCGCGAGCGCGGGCGGCCAGUCCUCCAGGGAGGGCGGGAAACACACCCCGAGCCCCUGGCCUGCGCACCGGCCCCGCGCUCGCGCGCCGGGAGGAGGCGAGGCCGAACAGCCGCACACUUGGCGGAGCCGGAGGGAGGCGCGGGGGCGACGGGCAGAGCCGCCUCGGGAGGGAGAGGGUGCGGCGCCUGCUCUGCCGCGCGGGGCUCCUCCUCGGCGCGGUGCUGCUGGCCGCGGUGCGAAGGCCCCUCCUGCGGAAGCCGCGGGGCCCGGGCCGCAGCCGCGCGAAGCUGGCGGAGGUGAGCGGUGGGGCGCGCGCGGUGCCUCCUCCCCCGGCCCGCGAGGGCGGGCAGCCGGGGCCCGGCCACGAAGUUCCUGAGCACCCGGCGCUGGCCCGCUGCGCCCGACCUGCGGGGGCCCCCACCCCCGGGGAGAAACAACUUGGGGGCGGAGUGGGACGCGGAGUCACCCCGGAGCCGCCCGGCUUCCUGUCCCGUCCGCCUGCCGCGUCCCCGCGGCUGCCUGGCCCUGAGCGAACCUCGCUGGCAGCGGUGCCGGCCCGGGGUGCCUCCGAGAGGAGGGUCGGCGAGGACCCCCGCCCUUUGCGGGCCGGCGGGCGGGGGUUGCUGAGGUUCCGACAGUCCAGUCGCCCACCUCCGUUGUCCUCAGCCCCGCCCUUCCCUCCUGGACUGCAGUGGACACUCAUCCCGUGGGAACAGACGCUGCCAGACUCAUUCUGGGGUUUGCAGGAGCAGGCCUGUAUAGUAUGGGUCCUGCCCUUCCCCUAUGCCCGGCAAUUCCAGGAGGAGACCAGAGUGGUCCUCCUUUUCCAGACUGAGGGCCGAGACCAUCCUUCUCUCUCUGAGAACUUGGAACCACUGGCAAGCCAGGUCUCAGCCUCCCCAGAUCCCAGCUCUCCCAGAGAAGAAGAGGAGACCCCUCUGCUCUCCAGGGCCCACCUCCAGGCAGGGCCACGUCGACACAGAUGUCGGGCGCUCCCUGAAUCCGCACCCCUGGUCCUCGACAGGACGCCCUCACCCAGGACCCUGAAGGAUGCCCCCUUGCUGCUGGAGCUGCAGAAAUUGCCGGGAUUGGCCAAUACAGAUUUGAGUGCCCUGAACCCCAGCAUCCAGGUGAGGGCUACAAGGGCAGCCAUGAACCCAGCAGAUUCCUGGAGAAAAGUUUGGCUCAACAGCUCAGCUCCGAGGUCAGACAUCUCAUCCUAUAUUCCCUGGAGGACGGGGGUCCUGUGUGGGUCAGACAAGGUGACUCCCGUGCCCCACCCAUGGAGUAGGAAGAGUUGGGUUUCCUCACUUCUUAGCUGCAGACCAUCACGUGGCUCUCCCAGCCUCUAUCGCCUAGACCAUGUUGUUGUUCAGUCGCUCACCCUCCCUCCGUGGCCGGGUGUGUCUGUCCCUCUGCAGGUGACCAUCGAGGUGGUGGUGGAUCCCCAGGAUGAGCUGGAGAUGGACCUGAUGGCUGAGCCCAGCAAUCGCUGGUCUGAAGGCGCCCCCCGCUGGCAACCUGCUGAGGAACUCUUCUGGCCUCUAUCCUGGGGCUACUUAGAGGGUGAGGAAGAGAGGCCCCAUCUCAAGAGCAGAACCUCAGGGGAAGAGCAGGAGGAGGAAGAGGAGGACAACCCCCCAGAGUACAGUGAGGGUGAGGACCCAGAGGAGGACCGUGAGGAACACGGUGGAGAUGACCAGGAGCCGGGCUUCAAUGGGGCCGCAGGAGGCUGGGAGGAGGGCCACUGUCCCCUAGAGAUCUUUGAGGAGCCUACAGUGAGUACCCCCAUCUUGACCUCCCUGGCUGCUGCCCCUGGAGACUAUGAGCUUCAGGAGGAGUGGAGCCCCUGGUCUCCCUGCAGUGGGAGCUGUGGCGGCGGUCAGCGGGACUCAGCCCUGCGGAGGAUUCAGCCCUGCGGCUACGCCUGCACUGCCUCCAAGUCCCGCGCCUGCGACCUGCCCUGUCCUGGCGCCAAGGACAAGGACCCCUUGGGCUUCCCCAGUGAGAGGUGGCAGCCCCUGGCCCACGAUGCUAUGGGCAUGCUCAGUCCAGAUGUGGACAUCUGAGAGAAGUGGCUGAACGGCAAAAGUGACUUCCUGGCCAAAUACCUGAGCCAGGUGCUGCGGGCCCUGCCCAGCUGCCCAUGCGUGUACGCGUUGGAGGCCGUGUCCAGCGCCGUGAGCCUGCGGGACGAGCAUCAGGGACGCAGCUUCCGCUGGAAGGAUGCCAGCGGCCCGCGCGAGCGCCUGGACGUGUACCGGUCCACAGCCCGCUUCUGCCUGCGCUCUCUCAGCACGUCGGCAGCCCAGCACUGCUGCUGCGACGUGAGCAGCCAGCUGCUGACCCGGGGAAUGGGUGCCGGUGCGCCCGACCUGGUCAGCACCGACGUCUCACCCGAGCUUCCCUUCAAGGUGGACACGCUGCCCCGGAUCUCAUGUAAGGCGGACUGCAGCCGCUACCAUGUGGUGAGGCCCGCCAACAAUGGCCAGGCCUGCGCGGACCCUCCCGAGGAGGAGUACCUGGCCCAGUUGCAGGAAGCCAAGGAGUACUAA